AGAUCUGUAGCUUCACUUAUUUUCUAGAGAUCAUACAUGCUUCAACGUGACUUGCCAAACGAGAUUCUCCUCUUUUUUCUCAGAAUAGAUGAUUCAAGCUCCUUUAAGCAUUGUUUCGUCUGUGAAAAAAUAUAAUUUGUUGCUCCACAAGCAUCUAACAACCUGAGAGAUCAAUCCAAUACCUCAUCUGCUAACUCUUGAAACUCUUCAUUUGAGAGAGCUUGAUGAGUGAGUGGCAAUCGAAGCAAAUCAUCGACACACUGGGACAAACUUUUGAGGCACUCAAUUUUGGGCAGGUUGAUGAGGAUGUUUCUUGUGAUGAUCUCAAUCUUUCCAGCUGCAACUUCACACUAUGAGCUAGGAAUGGGAUUCUGAAGGCAAGCCGAUGGAGCGAGCAUGAUAAGUAGCUUGAGAGGUUCCGAUAAAGACAUCCAUCUUCCACUUUAAUUAGCAGAACAAAGCCUCCACCGAUGGGAUAUAAGUUCGAAUUUCCGAGUUGUUCCAGCCAACCCCACAUGCACCCGUUGCACCCGUUAUAUACAGAACACAGAGUAGAGAUUCAACGUCCACUCCUUCCAGGCUCCCUUUGCUGUCAUGUGUUGCAUUUUACAACAGCAGCCGGCUCUCUAUCCUCAUCGCUAUAGUUCAAGUUAUGUACCGCCACUAAGGAAACUUGCCACAUGACAGCGAAAGCAAGUCGGGAUGCAUGCAUUCCUAUUGUUAUUACCUAUUCUAUAUAUAAUAGGCCCAGAAGAGGUUUCUUGAACAACUCCCAGGAUCAAUUGUAUCAGCAUUAGAGACUAGCUUUUUUCUGAUAAAGGAUUAAUAUGGCUACUAGUCAUGUUCGCUCGAUCAGCUUGCCCUCCAGAUCUCAUCCUCUGAAUGUAAGUGUUGAAGAUCAAUUGGAGAGGUUGAGAUCACAAACAACUUCCACUUCUGCUUACCACAAAUUGAGUGGCCUCAAAGUUUUGUACGAGUGUGUUGAUGAUUUUCUUCAACUGCCUCUAUUCCAACAAACCCUCUCCAACGAACAACACAAAGAAGGGGCAGAAGAGGUGUUGAAUGGAUCUUUUCUCUUGUUGGAUGUGUGCAGUACCACCAGGGAUGCUUUUUCCUCAAUGAAGGAAUGCUUGCAGCAACUUGAAUCAUCCCUCAGAAGAAGAAAAGGCGGAGAAUCUGGUUUGGCAACUGAAGUUGAAGCCUAUAUGGUUUCUAGAAAACAAAUUAAUAAAACAAUCCGCAAAUGCUUCAGAAAUUUGAAGAGCGUGGCAAAGAAAAACACUUCAGCAGUAGAUGCUGUCGGCAUGCUAAGAGAAGUUAAAGAAAUAAGCCUUGAAAUUUUCCUAUCUCUCUUGUCCUUGGUUUCUCAGCCAAAGGCAAGAUCAAGCUCCUAUGGCUGGCCUGUCAUUUCAAAAUUAUUUCAAUCCAAGAGUGUAUCAUGCGAAGGCGAAGCCACAGAAUUGGAAAAGAUAGAUGCUGAAUUGCUUGUCCUGAAGUCAAGCAAAGACAUCAAUCCUGUACAAGUGCAAAAUGUAUUGAAAGGACUCGAGGCAUUAGAGUCCAGCUUUCAGGAAGCAGAGGAGGAGUUGGAGGGAGUUUACAGGAAGUUGGUGAAAACCAGAGUCUCAAUUCUCAACACUCUUAGCCACUAGUCGAUGCUCUUCUCAUGAUGAGGCAGUUUUGCCUUCACAAUCCUUCAAAACAAUUUUGCCUUAAGUGUAAAUAUACAAAAAAUAGACAGGUGUAUAUUAAAAUCAAUAUGAAUAUACCACAGCGUUCAAUAUCCAAA